AUGGAGGAGGUGGGUGCCGGUUACACCUUCUACUGGAGCGGUCGUCCGAAGGCAGAGCGACACGACUCGGGUCUCGCCUUCGACAUCCGGGACGACGUCGUGGGACAAGUAUCCUGUCUACUGCAGUGCAUGAAUAAUCGCCCCAUGAGCCCCUGCCUGCCUGUCCAGGGAGGCAAAUUCGUAACCACCGUCACUGUCUACGCUCCCGCGAUGACCACUCCCUACGAGGCAAGGAAGAAAUUGUACGCGAAUCUGAACGCCCUCCUGGCGACUGUGUCGAAGGUGAAUAAGUUGAUUGUCCUUGGUGACUUCAACGGCCGCGUCGGCUCAGACCAUACUGCCUGGAGAGGAGUGCUAGUUCCCCAUGUUCUCGAUGGCUUUAUCGAUAAUGGCUUGCUCCUCCUGCGCAGAACACCGGCCCCACCCGAUCAGCACCUACUUCCGUCCUCCUUUGCGAGAGGAGGCCACCUGGGUGCACCCUCCGCCACAACGCUGGCACCUGCUGGACUAUGCCAUCGUCCGGAGGAGAGACCAGUGGGACGUGCGGGUGACAAAGACGAUUCCCUCUACUGUCGGGUUGAUCGACAAACACCUCGUCAUCUCCUACACGCGGAUCCAUCUACAGCAUCGCAGGAGACCUCAAGGUAAGCGACAACUUGAUAAACCGAAUACUGCUAUGUUCUCUUUGCCUGUUAAUAAUCUCCAUUUCAGAAAUGAGCCAGCCCAGAUGCUAGCCAACCGUACAGUCGCCGUCGCUGCCACCGACAAGAACGCCUCCGUGGAGAACCGAUGGUGUAAACUGCAAGACACAGACGAGUUGGGGACCCUGACUGUCCUCGGUCACGCACAACGCAAAUAGCAGGACUGGUUCGAUGGCAACAAUGCCGCCAUCGGCGACCUGCUAGCAGAGGAGAACAGACUGUACAAUGCCUAUUUCGAUCGUCCGACCGAUGACAAAAAGGCAGCCAUCUGCCGUAGUCGCCGCCCUGUGCAACAGCGGUUGCUGGAGAUGCAGAACGCUUGGACGGCUCGCUAGGCCGAGGAGGUCCAACGGUACGCGGGCCGCAACGAUUAGGAAAACCUCUCCGCGAAUAAGCUGUCUACGGUCCGCCAACCAAAGCAGAUACUCUUCUUCUCAGGGGCGUCCUCAACCGCCCCUCCACCAUCUCCGACGCCGCCAUCACUCGUGUGCCUCAAGUGGAGGCCAACGUCGAUCUCGACCUCUCGCCCUCUCUCCACGAAACCAUCAGCGCCGUGCAGCAGCUCUCCAGCGGGAAACCGCCCGGAUAG